CUUAACCAUCACACCACUCGGUCGGCCCUUAAGCCAACUCUUAACCAACACUCCACUCUGCCGGCCCAGGGUUUGCUUUUUAGGGGAGAACAUUGGUGGGAAGAAGUUGUCAGAAGGAGUAGGCAUAGCCACUGGAAAGAGGAUGGGCCUGGGUGGCAGUGCUGGUUCCUGUAGCAUGCCCUCAAACUCUGGGGCAGGAUGGAGGAUUGUCUACUCCAGGCCCCACUGCAUGGUUUGGGACUGGAAGCUCUGAGUUCCAGGAAGAGAGUUGGCAGCAGAGCUAGGCAAGGAUUGGACCCUCAAUCUCCAGAGCACCUCUCUGCCUGCCUGGGUCCCAGAUCAAACCCUUUGCUCACUGGCCAACUUCAGGAGUCUCCCAGUCUGGCCUUCAGUGGCCCAGGCUUGGUUGUUUCUACCUGCAAGGAGGCUAUGCUGGUGUGAGACACUAGGGUCAACGGGCCUCAGAACUGCCUCUGGAGAGACAGACUGAAGGGCUCACCUGUAAAGUUAAAGCACACAGGGUUGGCCCCCUGUCCUGUGUCCCAGUGGAUGGAUGGGGACAGGGGCAAGGGAGAAUAGAAGAAAGAGUCCAGGGCUGAAUUCCAGAAGACCUGAGGCAGUGCUCUUACCUUCUGCCUGUAUGAUCCUGGGCAAGUCACUUAGCUCAGUAGUAGUUUAUGGGUCCUGCCUGGUGGAACCAGAGAUCCUGAUGAGCUGAGGGAAGGCGCUUCCAAGGAUGGACUGCGAUAGUGGCCAGGUGGAUGACUAGGACACUGGGCCCUAGGGAUUUGGGACCAGCCUGUCCUGGGGCUCCUGCCUGCCCAGACCCUGCCCCUGCUCCAGAGAAGCAGGGGCAGGGGUGGGGGUGGGAAGCCUAAUCAGAGGUUAUUGCUUCUUCCUGCCCACCUCCUCCCAAAGGAAGAUUUGGGGAGUUUGAGCCUGUAGGGAGACCAGAACCCACCUCAUGGGGCCUUCCCAGAGAGUUGCCCAUAAGGAUCCCACUGAGAGAUUAGUUCUCACUCAGACACAGCGCUCCGCCUUCCCAGAAAGAGUUGCCUAUAAGGAUCCCAUUCAGAGAUUAGUCCUCACUCGGACACAGCGCUCCCUGCCGCGCCGGGGUGGAGCUGAGCUCCAGCUGUCUGGGCUUGCACAGCUGGAGGGUCACGUGGCAGCUGCUCCAGCCCCCCUUCCUGCCAACGCUGCAUUUGGCCCAGGCCCUGUCCAUGGCCGCCCUUGGGACCUUGUGCUGAACCCUGGAGGCCCCGGCGUCUGGGGCUGCGCCGCUCCCAAGGGUCGAGCGUGUCAGGAUCCCAAGGACAGACGUGGGGGCGCGGGCUGCGGCCACACGGACAUGAAGCGGAGGCUGCGUCUACGCGGGGACGCGUCGCUCACAUUGCUCCUGGGCGCCGCCCUCGGUCUUCUGCUCUAUGCGCAGCGCGAUGGCGCGGCCCUGACGACCGGUGCGCCACGAGAGCCAGGGAGGGCAGCGCUGGGGCCUACCCCUCGGCUCCACUUAUUCCAGGAACCAGACAAGGGCGCAGCCCUGCAGGUCUACGAAGAGGACACGCCAGAGCUGCCCACGCCUACCGGACCCUUUGACUUUGGCCGCUAUCUGCGCGCCAAGGACCAGCGGCGCUUCCCGCUGCUCAUUAACCAGCCGCACAAGUGCCUAGGCGAUGGAGCACCGGCCAGGGGGCCCGACCUACUUAUCGCCGUCAAGUCAGUGGCGGCGGACUUUGAACGGCGCCAAGCCGUGCGCCAGACGUGGGGUGCUGAAGGUCACGUGCAGGGGGCACUCGUGCGCCGUGUGUUCUUGCUAGGCGUGCCCAGGGGAGCAGGCUCAGACGGGGCACGCACACAAACGCACUGGCGUGCCCUGCUGAGUGCCGAGAGCCGUACGUACGCGGACAUACUGCUCUGGGCCUUCGAUGACACUUUUUUCAACCUAACGCUCAAGGAGAUCCACUUUCUGGCCUGGGCCUCGGCCUACUGUCCCGACGUGCGCUUCGUUUUCAAGGGUGACGCUGACGUCUUCGUGCACGUGGGAAACCUGCUGGAGUUCUUGGCGCCAAGGGACCCCGCGCACGACCUGCUUGCUGGUGACGUGAUCGUACAGGCGCGGCCAAUCCGCGUGCGAGCCAGCAAGUACUACAUUCCAGAGGCUGUGUACGGCCUGCCCGUCUAUCCGGCCUAUGCAGGUGGCGGUGGUUUCGUGUUUUCUGGGGCCACGCUGCGCCGCCUGUCUGACGCCUGCGCGCAGGUUGAGCUCUUUCCCAUUGACGAUGUCUUUCUGGGCAUGUGUCUGCAGCGCCUGCGGCUCACACCUGAGCCUCAUCCUGCUUUCCGCACCUUUGGCAUCCCUCAGCCUUCAGCCGCGCCACACCUGCGCACCUUCGACCCCUGCUUUUACCGUGAGCUGGUUGUAGUGCAUGGGCUCUCAGCUGCUGACAUCUGGCUUAUGUGGCACAUGCUGAACGGGCCUCAUGGGCCAGCCUGUGCACAUCGGGGACCUGUGGCCAUGGGCCCCUUCCAGUGGGGCUCCUAGCCACCUACCACAGCCCCAAGAUCCCCUCAUGCAGACCCAGGAUUGGAGUUUGAAGAGUAGGUUUCUCAGGUGGGUUAUUGCGGUGUAAUGUGGUUGUUCCCCAGAAAUUGGCAGAAUUUGGGAUACAGCUCCAGAUUGCCAGGUGUCUGCUUCCAAAGGCUCUCAGGGAAUGAAGAUUGAGCCUGGCUCCUUUUGUCCCUACUAGGAGCUGGUCAGGAAUCAUCUAAUGACAAUACUUAGAGAUAGCCAGUGCUGAGGUAGUGGAGCAGCAGGCUCUUUGUCAAGCAGUGGGACAUGUUCUGUCCUAAGUUCCAGUACUAAGUAGGUGGUGGUGGGGGUCAUGGAAUCUGACUACACUGCUUGGUUUGGAACCCCUAAGAUGAUGCAGACACAUGCAGGUCCCCACAGGUGUAGGGACCUGGCUUCAGCCUUCAUGGAAUUGGCAGGCAUUCUGUCAAAACUGUUUGAAAGUAGGGAUUGCUUCCCACCUGUUCCUCCAAAUUGAAUUUUCAGUACUGUUAAGGUCUUGAGAUCUUCUCCUUUUGAGGUCUUUCUUGGAGCCACCCUGUCCUGGGCCCUGGUUUGGCUGGUGGAACACUAGGGAUGAAGGCACAGAGGGACAACCACGCGUGGUCCUCCCUCAAGUCUUUCCCCACCUCCAACUACACUUGGCACAAUGGCCUAUACCCACACAACUAUGCCAGUCUCCUACUGGAGGCUGUGCUGCCCCCUUCAGAGGAGCCAAGGAACCUCCUCUCUAAAAAUGACUCCACUAUACAUUAUCCCAUUCUUAAAGAAAAAAAAAUCAAAUUUUAGUACAAACAUCCCAGCAACGGCACAUGGUGAGCUGUUGCUGAGGGGAUAGGUCUUUAUUGGAAGAGGGGUAUGGGCAGAGCAUGAGGAAGGUUCCCCCAUUCCAGGGGAUGAGAAUAGUCCUGGCUUACCCAACAGUGGGAUGUGCGGGGGUCUCUGGCCAGGCCACAGUCCAAAUGGGAAGACACGAGUCAAUCACAAGGUCAUGGGAGUGCCACACAAGCCUGGCUGUAGCCCCAAGAACCACAAAGAAGCCCGGGGCAGGCCCCCUGCACAUUCAUUUGUUAAACUAUACAGGAUGAGGCUGUACAUGAGUUAAUUACAAAAGAGUCAUAUUUACAAAAAUCUGUACACACAUUUGAAAAACUCACAAAAUUGUCAUCUAUGUAUCACAAGUUGCUAGACCAAAAUAUUAAAAAUGGGAUAAAAUUAUACAUUUCUCUUUUCAAUUCUUUUCAAAAGGUUAUUAUUUUUAAAGCACAUAUGCUACUUUUCUUAGCAAGACCCAUGAAGAGACUGAGCGGCCCAGCUCUCCUUGAGUCCCCAGAGGCCUUGAGCCAUACAUGGGCCAGGCUAGGGGACACUGCCCAGGGAUGGGGCAGGGGAGCCAGCCCACAGUGCAGAACAGAAUGGUGAAACACAACAAGAGGAGGAAGAUGUCUUUGGCUGAAACUUUGGCAUUAAAUAAAAGAGGCAAACAGGAUGGAAACAUGCAGCCCUGCCGGUCAGCUUGGGGCACAGCGGGCACAGGUGACCUUGAAGGCUGACUCCAAGACGGGUGGGAACCAGGUGGGUAUGUAACCUGGAUGGUAGAAAGCUGUGUUUCAACCAGCUGGGUGUGCCUACUGGGCCUGGCAGGGAGCUCGUGCAAGAAAGGAACAGGGAAGGGCAGGUGGGCCACCUUGGCCACAGCCAGCUCAUCAAGUAACUAAAGUGGAUGUAGUAGUGCAAAAGUCGCAACCAAGUACUAUGGACAUGCUACCUGCUUGCCUUAAGGGUCAUGUGGCAAUGUUGGG